AUGGUAGAUUUUAACUCAGAAGAUGAGGCAAAUCAAGAGCUUCUUCAAAAACUCAAACAUCUUGAUGUUCGAGUUGAAACAGGAGAGAAUCCUGAAGGUGGUGGAGUUUUCAAAAAAGGCUCCUGGAAACUAGUCAAGUGGAAAUCUGCACUCAAUCAUAUUGGAUUAUUGAUCUCCCUGUCGAUCUAUUGCGGAGUGGGUGGUGUGAUAUUUCGACAAUUAGAACGACCAGCGGAAGUUGCAAGAGUGACACAUUUAAAAGAUGUAGUAAAGACACAAAGGGAACGAUUCAUUUGGGCGAUUCUCAACAACACAGAUAUGAGCAACCUCGAUCGGUUAGUCUCAUUUGAACUGGGGAAGUACGAAGAGGCAGUUCAGGAAGCUGCAGAAGGUGGUCUUCUAGUUGUUGCCGAUAAGGACUUCCCCCAACUCUACGAGAGAUGGAGUAUCCUGCAAGCUGUGUUCUUCUCUUCCACUGUCCUCACCACAAUCGGCUAUGGUAACAUAGUUCCGGUUACAACCGGAGGCCGGGUAUUUUGUAUUUGCUUUGCUUUGAUCGGCAUUCCAUUUACAUUAACUGUGAUAGCCGAUUGGGGUCGACUAUUUGCUACUGCCGUAUCAGUUUUAGGAAAAUAUUUACCAAAGAAACCAUCGAUAUCGAAUGUGAUAGGCAAGACGUGGUUUUACGCCAUUGCUGCUGUUUGUUUUCUAGGUGUGUAUUUGGCCAUUGGAGCUGGUCUUCUGUUGCUCUGGGAAGACGAUUGGACAUUUUUCGAAGGAUUCUACUUUUGUUUCAUCACAAUGACAACAAUAGGUUUUGGUGAUUUAGUUCCAAAAAAACCCAACUAUAUGCUAAUUUGCACGUUGUACAUAUUAAUUGGAUUAGCUUUAACAUCGACGAUAAUUGAAUUAGUUAGAAGACAAUAUGCUGAUAGUUGGGCCAAGAUACAGGAAUUAUCUGGACCAAUGGCGGAAACUCUUCGAAGACUGGGUGAAACAGCUGGCACAGGGCUAGAUUAUAUGGCAUUGCAACGUGUUCUGACGGUCUCAAUGCCAAAAUGGAAUUCUUCAAAAAAAUCCACACAAGAACAAGAAAUAGCAGCUCUAGAAGCUAUUACAAAUGCCAUUCUAAAAGAAGUUAAAGAAGCACAAAAUAAUAAACCAAAAGUUUUACAAAUUGUUAUAUACGAAACAUCAGUGUAGUUAGUAAUAAAUUUAGAUUUAAGUUUAGUAA